ACUUUAAACUUUCCGAAGCCGGAAGAGAGCUACGGAGGGGAAGAUGCAGCCCAUGUGCCUUGGACCAUCGAGCGACGACUGAAGGGAGUCCGCAUUCAGAGGUCCGAUGAAGAUGAGAGAAAUCAUGCUCUGAAGAAGCUUAAAGCUGUGGUGCUCCUGGACCCUUUGGCUACGGCUCUGGGUAAAAGUUUAGUGCAGAAAACGGGUGCUCUUGAGACGGAGGAGAUCAUUGCAGCGAGUUUUAGCGAUGCUUUCAGUUCAAAAUCGGCGGGUACGCUCACCAAAAGGGCUGGCUCUUUGCAGAGGCUGGUGGUUCAACUUUAUAAGCAAGGGGUGGCUUCUCCGUGGCGCAUGGAGGAGGCAGACUUGUAUUCGGCUUUGACCACACUGCGUGAGGAAGGUUGUGGGGCAACAUCACCAGCUCACAUGUUGGAGAGUUUACAUUUUCUUCAUGCCAUUGCAAGAUUUUUGCAUUUGGAUUUGGAGCUGGUGCGGCGACUUGAAGAGGCAAUGGUGAGAGCUGGCCCGGUUGGUCAAUGUAUCUUGGGACAGAUUUUAUUUUGCGUGCAUGCCGUUUGUCGCUGGAAGGAUUCCCAGAAACUAAAACUUUUGGAGCUGCUGGGCACGGGAGAGAGCCAGAUUCUGUUUGGGGAUGCUCUGGGAAGCAAGACGUCUUUGAGCAAGGAGGCCAAGACAAAAUUUACACCAUACGCGGCGCUGGCGCAGGGGCUUACUGAAUGCUCUUGGGCGCGCUUGUGGAUUGAAGCCAGACGCCAGUGUAGGCUCAAGUUCGGUGCUGGACCGGAUGGCUUUUGCCUUCCUACGAGGUCUCAGCGACUGGAUGAGUGGGGCUCCACGCCUAUGGGAGCUGGUGAGGCGUCUUCCUACUUAGCGGAGAUUUUGGAAGGCUCUGAAACGGAGGGACAAGUUCUGGGAACACAUUCCUUGAAACUUUUAGCUCUUUACCGCUCGAUUCGAAGCGGAGCUUUUCAGCCAGAUCUCGCGCCUGCCGACAGGGUGCUACAAGUUGCUGACGCCUUGGCCGCGGCUGAGGAAGGUCAAGGCCUGGGCACAGGAGCGCGGGAUGAGGCGGCCGCAGAGCAGUUGGCUGGGUUUGAGGGCGAAUCGGAGGACUCCGCAGAUGAUGCUGAGGCCGACGGGCCCUUUGAGCUUCCAGGCCAACCUGCAGUGAGAGUGCCGUUUGCUAAUGUCGAUGUUUCUCAGUGCCGGAUUCAUAGUAUAUCAGGCAUUGCGCAUUGCCUUCGGGAUGCAAGCUUCUUCUACUGUGGUCGUUUGUGCACUUCGAGAUACUCCAGAUAUUCUGGAGUUGGGACUGAAGAUCCCGAUGUAUGCAUGCAAUGUACGAGAGCCAUGAACGAGUGA